UUCUCUCUGGUCUGGGGUUUAAGCAAUGUUCCAAUCGCUUCCCUCAACUAGGGUCUAACCGUUGCGCACUCUUUGCCACUUCCCAAAAUGCCCCUCCACGGCCUCCUCCUCCGCUCCCUCUACCGCCACAACAACCGUCUCUCGUCGCUUUAUCCCGCUGUCCUCCACCGCCAUCACUUCCACAACCUCACUAACGACCCCCCUACCCCACUAAUUAAUCCCAACCCUAACCCUGACCCUAGCCCCAUUUCUGCUCCUCUCACCCGCACCUACGGCUUCUCCUCCGCCGAGGAAGCGGCCGCAGAGCGCCGCCGCAGAAAACGCCGACUCCGCAUCGAGCCGCCACUCCACGCUAUUCGCCCCAACCCGACGCACCCGCCGGCUCGUGAUCCCAACGCACCACGUCUCCCGGACUCCACCUCCGCACUUGUCGGCCCCCGCCUCAGCCUCCACAAUCGCGUGCAAUCUCUCAUCCGUGCAGGGGACCUUGAUGCGGCUUCAUAUCUGGUUCGUCAGGCCGUGUUUUCGAACACGCGCCCCACGGUGUUCACAUGCAACGCGAUCAUUGCAGCUAUGUAUCGUGCCAAACGGUAUAACGACGCCGUUGCAUUGUUUGCGUUUUUCUUUGAACAGUCUGAUAUCGUGCCCAAUGUUGUAUCUUAUAAUAAUUUGAUUAAUACACAUUGUGAUGAGGGUAGAGUAGAUGAGGGUUUGAAAGUUUACAGGAAGAUUAUUGAAACGGCGCCAUUUAGUCCGAGUGCUGUGACUUAUAGGCAUUUGACAAAAGGGUUGAUUGAUUUGGGGAGAAUUGGGGAGGCGGUGGACUUGUUGAGGGAGAUGUUAAAUAAAGGGCAAGGCGCAGAUUCUUUAGUUUAUAAUAAUUUGAUAGGGGGCUUUUUGAAUCUGGGGAAUUUGGAGAAGGCCAAUGAGUUGUUUGAUGAAUUGAGAGAGCGGUGUUUGGUUUAUGAUGGAGUUGUGAAUGCCACUUAUAUGGAGUGGUGGUUUAAGCAGGGGAAAGAGAAGGAAGCGAUGGAGUCAUAUAAGUCGUUGUUGGAUAGGAAAUUUAGGAUGACUCCUGCUACUUGUAAUACCCUUUUGGAGGUUUUGCUCAAGUGGGGAAAGAAAGUGGAAGCACAGAUUUUGUUUGAGCAGAUGUUGGAUAAUCAUCAGCCUCCUAAUAUCCAGGCAGUGAAUUCAGAUACGUUUAAUAUAAUGGUGAAUGAGUGUUUUAAGAUUGGGAAUUUUUCCGAGGCAAUUGAUACAUUUAAGAAGGCAGGGACACAUCCAAAAUCGAAGCCUUUCAGUAUGGAUGUUGCAGGGUAUAAUAAUAUUAUUGCUAGGUUUUGUGAGAAUGGAAUGUUAGAGGAGGCAGAGAAACUGUUUGCUGAAUUGUGCUCAAAGACUUUGACACCAAAUGUCCCAUCAUUUAAGACAUUGAUUGAUGCAUACUUGAAGGUUGAGAGAGUUGAUGAUGCUUUGCAGUUAUUUAGUCGGAUGGUGGAGACUGGAUUGAGGGUGGUUGUGAGUUUUGGGACGAGGGUGUUUAGUGAGUUCAUUGACAAAGGUAAGGCUGCAGAGUGUGCCCCAAUCUUAACAAAAAUGGGAGAGCAAGAUCCUAAACCAGACUUCUUGAUAUAUGAUGUUGUUGUCCGAGGUCUAUGCAAUGAGGGCUUAUUUCACUUAAGUAGGGAUAUAGUUGAUCAAAUGAUAAGGCACAAUAUUGGUGUUACACCUGCACUGCAAGAAUUUUUACGUGUGACUUUUGGGAAUGUUGGACAAGGUGAGGAGAUUGAGAGAAUUUUAACUAUGAAUAGGUGGGGAUUUGCUGCUUCUCACCCACCACCUCGAAUAACUGGACCACCACGAGUGCGUGGACAGCAACCAUUUGUGCCACAUCAAAUGGCAGAACAACCUUUAGGACCCAAUCAAAUGUCAAGACAGCAGCCUUUUGGAGUAUCCAAUAGAAUGGCAGGACAACAACACUUUGGAUCGAAUCAUAUGGCAGGGCAGCAGUCUUUUGGACCAAAUCAAAUGGCAGGACAGCAGCCAUUUGUUGGCAAUCAAAGCAUGGGACAAAACCCUUUAGGACCCAAUCAGAUAAGUGGACGACAGCCUGAAGGACCCAAUCAAGUGUGGGGACAGCAGCCUUUGGGAUCCAAUCAAAUGGCAGGGCAAGAACCUUUUGGAUUCCAUCAAGCAACAUCUCAACAACAAAAUGGAAUGCCUCAAAUGGCAGGACAAUCUCCAUCAGGACCCCAGCAAAUGGCAGGUCAGCAGCAAUCCUGGCAACAUCAAAUAUCAUCGCAGCAGCCAUCAUGGUCACAGGUGACACAUCGGCCACCAUUUGGAUCCCCUCUAGAAGCAGAUCAAAGUCCAACAGGACACUCUCAAAUGGCAGGUCAGCAGCAAUCCUGGCAACCUCAAAUAUCGGGGCAGCGAUUCCCAUUUUCUCAAGUGACACAGCAGCCACCAUUUGGAUUCCCUCAAGGAGAGCAAAAUACAUCAGGACCAUUGAAAUGGCUGGUCAACAGCAAUCCUGGCAACCACAAAUAUCAAGGCAGCAGCCAUCAUGGUCUCGAGUUACAGAGCGGGCACCUUUUGGAUCCCCUCAAGAAGCAGAACAAAAUCCAUCUGGACCCAAUGAAUGGCAGGAGAACCACCAACAGGUAGCAGCCAACCGGUAGCGGCUUAUUUCAAAAUACAAAAGGUUGUAUAUCGAACAAACUGGUCUCUAAUUAAUUAUUUAAGUUGCCCAAGCAAGAAACCUGGUACAUUAUUGUUAUGUGUUGAGUAUCAGUUACUUCCACAAAUUUAUCCAGUAUCUAUGUAACAUGAUGGGAUUUGUUUGUAUUUGGACUUCAUAUAUAAUUAAGGAUGUCUUAAUUGAUUAAAGUUUUUCAUAGAGUGCUUUUUCAGAGAGAGUGAAUUUAGGAGCAAAAUUAGCUUGCUUAAGUUCAGCUUGUUUUGUCAACGCUGCUAAAUUAAUGUAUGAUCUUCCUAUAUUUUUUGCCAUAUUUUCAA